GCAGUCUGCAGACACACACCCUCGUCCGCAGAGCUCUCCUAUAUCAGUCUUUGCACUUGUUCUGCCCGUCUCGUCUGCUAUCGCUGUCCCUCAAUCUCUACAGUGGACACAGGCGGCCCUCUAACUUCCACACAGACUCUUCAUAAUUUUUCUAUACGUUGUGCAGUAGACCCUUUGACUGCGCUGAGCGCUGCGUUAAUUAGUGGCUGCAAUUUUAAUCUGGAAUUACUCUAAUUUUCAUGCACGCUACAACGAUGAUGCAACACCAGCAGUGGACCAACUAUCCCAGCUUCACAUGGAAAAGUGAGCCACCGACAUGUGGCGUGUCCAGCGACCUGUGUGAGUCCGGCUAUCCUUCGAUGCAGCUGCGCUCGCUGCAGCAACAUGUCCCCAACUACUCCUCUAAGAUGGAGCGUCCACUGAGAGAUGGGCUGGACGAGAGCCAGCACAUCGCCGCCGCCCUGGCCCUUUUGGACGAGGACGACGAUCCGAGACGGCUCGGAAACCUCUGGCUCAACAACACCAACAACAACGACGCUUGGCCCACCAACAACAAUAAUAGCAUCUGGUCCAACAACAAUGUGAUUGAGGACAUGCCCUUAAGUCCAUCGCUGCCGAGCCAGGAUGACCUGCUUAGCUACUACCAGGCGCUGGCUGAGGCGCAGCCCGAGCACCCGCCCACCAUUCUGGACUUGCUUACUGCGUUGCCGCAGGACUUGCCCCCGCCGGCCACCAUGAACACCUCGGUGCCGCCGCCAAACGUGAUGAGGGAGCAGAAGUCUGUGCCCUACUCGAGCGGCAUGCUGCACCACCCUCACGCCCAGAUGAAGCAGGCCCCGCUUGGACAGCAGCCCAUCCAAAUCCAGUUGCCACCAGACAAUGGCCUCCGAACCAACCCUUACGCCCAUGCUCGCAGCCAGCAGCAGCAACACCACCACCACCUUCUCUCCUACAAAAAGCAUUUCGAGCAGAGUGACGAAACAGCCGCCUUGCAACGUCUGAUGAUUUCGGCCAAGCCGAGCCAGCAGCAACAGCAGCAUCAGCAGCAGCAACAACAACAACAGCAGCAACAGCAGUCGAUGCUGAUGUCCGCGGCGGCGGCAGCGAGGAACCGGUGCAUGCCUCCGCCGUGCUGGUCAGCACCGGGUUCAACCAUGGUGCAGUUCCCCGGCUCCUGCUACCACCCGCAGAUGCCGAUCGUGGCACUGGCCCGGGCGCAGCGCAAGAUGUGCAGCUCGCAGAAGCUGCACGCGCACCUCGAGGUGUGCUACGAGCAGUUCCGCCAGUUUGAGAAGGAGCGCAAGCAGACCGAGGCCAAGUUGGCGUCCAGCUUACCCGGCCGCCACUGGAGCUCAGCCAACACCCUGCCGGUGCCAAAACUGCCACCCAACCCCACCAGGGUCGACAGGCUCAUCAUCGACAACAUCCGCGAGCACUGCAGGGUGCUGACUUUGAUUGGCAAGAUGGAAAACCUCGGGAUGUACAAAGUUCCGCUGACUGUGCACCUCGCCAUAUCGCACUGGAAAGAUGCUAUCCACAAAGUGGAGGACGCGCGCAGGGCUGAAGUCGAGACCCAUAAGGCCAACCACAACCUGCUCGUCUUUAAGGGACCAGCCGCCGCCACCCUGAUUGACGAAAACAAGCUUGAGGAGAAAUUAGAGGCCCUGGUGAUCAGCAUCAGGCAGCUGUUUGUGGGGAUCCGAGGUGCCCGCACCGCUCUGUGGGCCACGCUGACUUGUACGAUUUUGGGUGCCCAGGAACAGCAGCAGCAGCAGGAGGGCGUUUUGUCGCCGUCGUCAGAGAGCAAGUAGAGAAGCCAAACGAAGCAAAAGGGACCCAAAGCAUCGUACUUUACUCUUUGUACAAGAUUUACACACUAGAGGACUGUUUAUUUGACUGACAUUGUAGAGAGUAAUAUCGCAAAAUAGUCGACUGGUAGUGGCAUCUGCAGAUCAAGCCCUUAAAAUCACACACAAACAAAAAAACGAAAACUUUGAUGGAAAAGGAGAGAAAUUUUCCAAAGAAAAUCUUCCUGAUCGAUUCGACAACCGCGCAGCAAUCACACACACCCACGCACUCGGUCUUUCUUCUCGCGCUUGAAUUUUUAGAGUCUAUUAUGGUCGUUUUUUGAAGAAGAAAAAUUAUCUUGUUGUUGAAUACAGAUUUUGAUGGUCAAUGUAACGCAAGGAAACAACGUGUGAAACCGGGGGCAUCGUCGCGCUCCUUUUUAUCUUGUCUCUCAAACAACAACAAUAAUAAUUUAAUGUGAAUUAGUCAUUGUGCAGCUUUAUUUGGGUGAAUCGCAUGCCUCCCGGCGUGCAAUUCGCCUCACGCAUCGCGCUACUCAUACAUAUUUUGAAGCUGAAUAACUGAAACUGUAUCCCACCUCUAGCUAGGGCUCCUAAUUCUCUCUGUGAUAUACUAUGCUAUUUUCAUCGAUUGUCAUGCCAUUAAGAGACUCCCUUCCGCCGGUGCUUUUAUCUUAAUAAUUGAUUUCCAGCUUUUUUAAAGUGAACACACUGCGAAUAUUCCGCGAGCCUGUCGGACAAACUAGAACGAGCUAACUCUGUGUCUAAUGAAUGGAUCCUGAGUCUCGAUGUUGCCAAUAAUAUGGUAGUUUUAUGAAAGUGAGGGCGAUUGCUGAUCCCGGAGAAUAUUAAAUGCUUUCGAAAAGCCAGACGCAAUUUUAGCGAAGACGAAUUUUAGCCAGUUUGACAGUUAAUUCGUUUUGCUGACAGUUCACACUGCUUGCCAUAGAUUUAUGUUCGAAUCGAUUGUGUUUCGCGAUUGAGAAUUGAUGAUUGAAAACUGCCGCCACACAAUUCUUAAGACUACGCUGUGCUCACUUUGUUAAGAUCUUUGUUUUUGUUUUCUUUCAUUUUGGAUAUGUAGGAGGACGCUUGAAAAUCGCACCAUCGCAACAACUUGAGAAAGAAAAACAAUUUGAUACUUUUGCAACCUAAAAUUCGCUCAACCUCACAGGUUUUUACAUUUUUAUACCAGAUGCGUGCGCACUCUCGUUUUAGAUCUGUAUUGCGAUUCUGUGGUGCUAAUUUGCCAGUUGGAUUCCAGUGGUUUUCAGGCGCGCUCCCUCUCUCUUAGUCCCGCGUUUCUGUUGCGAAAACUGAGAUGAGGCGCAUUAUUUGUAAAAUUUUCCGACUCACAAGUCAACCGCAUCGAUGUCAUUGUUUAUACAGGAGUCUGUCUGCGACAGAGGAAACUUGAAAAUGUAAAGUACACACUGUGCGCCGCAUGAACAUUAAGUAGAAUAAACGCAUUUCGCAGUAGACACAUACACACACACACAAAUAUGUACUCUCUUAUAUAUGUUGUGCUGGGCACACUCUUUCAAACUAAACUCCCUGCAAGUGUGGAGGGAGGGAGGGAAUGGUCGGCUUGUUGUUUUCAAGAAUAUAAGUCUUUCUUUGAGCGUCCCUUUGCCGGGCGACUCGAAACAUGGUGGAUAAUAAUGCUAACUAAUCGACUAAGUGAUUACGAUGGCGUAGGAUCAUUAAUUGUACGCUCUACUAUACUCUCCUAUACCCGACGGGGCCGUGUGUGCUAAUUCUCGCCUCUGCUCCUUGGCUAACUAAUUAUAUCAAUUGCCCAAUAUCAACUAAAAUUACAAACAGCACAAUCAAUCAAUCGUAUUGCAUAAAAUACUUACUAAUGGACAAAAUAAUGAUUAAUACUAUUUGAAUGUUUAAACGCUAUUCUUGUCGUCUUCGUGGUAGAGGUGUGCGAAACCGGUUAGUGGUCCAAGGGUAGCCUCUCUGCAUUGGAGCGAGCAAACAAAAAAGUGUCACACACCACCUUCCUAAAUAUUAUACUUUUCCUUCGGCGUUUUCUAAGCUUUGUACUCAACCCCGCGUGCGGAAAGAGUUUGGGGAAUGACUCCUGGCUUGUGCUCUCGUUUGCCCGCAGAUCGCGCGGCGUCUUUUCAGAAGAGUUUUAAAGGAGGUGAACCCUGGCGGCUUGAGGCACGGACGGACGCGUUUUUUUGAGAAAACGAUGAGGCAAAAUCAAAAUGGUCGUUUGCCCGAAUCGGCGACGGUGGCGAAAAUGCGUAUGGAUCAGUAUAUGAUAGGUACUUUGAAAAUUGCUCAAAAUCAUGUGAAUUUGCAAUCCGACCGGCGGGGCGCCACCGUGUCUGGCAAACUCGACGCACUUCGAGCUUGGCACCUUUGGAAAGUCCGUUCCGGCCUUAAACGCGGUUCCACCUCCCAUUUAGCACGCAUACACACUCGACUUUUUUCUUACGGACGAACGUGCUGAAGGCAAAAAAUAAGUAAUACAUAUAAUUGUGUACGUUGUGAUACUAUGUUUACACGAUGAACAUUGUUCGACAAUCUCUGGAUUAUUGUAAUUAUUAUACUUAUACAUGUUAUAUCCAAAGUGUAUUCACUAGAGUUUUAGCGCGGCGCCCCGAGUUUGGCGCCGCCGCGGGCGAGUCAUUUAGCUCUCUAGGGUAUGAAAACAUAAAAUCAAUGUGUUAGAUUUUAGGCUGUGCCGCUUAGAUCGAAUACGAAGAAAAUUUCUCCUUCGGCGUUACAAAAAGAAACGACAACCCAAUUAAAAGUAAUGUGUACGUCAGCGUCUGCCACUUAAAUUUUUGUGUCCUAAUAAUGUUGAAAGUGUCGCUUUUUCGUCUGUCGGUCAGAGGACAAGGUAUAGCGUGACGUUGUGUUUGUUUCCAAUCAACUGUCGUAGUUUGUAAGGCGAGUUAACAAUUAAUUGGCACUCAUCGUCUCGAAAAGUAUCUGCUAGCAAAUUAAUCGUUUCGACGCCAUGGAUGGCUUUAGCAACAAUAAUCGACGAUAUUUGUAUUUAAUCGUAAAGUGUGUUUAGCACCAAUUUUGCCGCUUGCACAACUCACGCAGCGUUUGAAAAUUUUACACUUUGCACCGCAGCUUUGUCAUAAAUAAUUCGAAUCAAACGACUUCUCUCAAAUUUAAAAUCAAAGUUUUGCGCUUGAUAUCAUUUACAAGGAAAUCCCCGGUCUUUUCGCCCCAUGCAUAUAUUAUUUUGACUCAAACGUGGACACUUUUGUGAUGUAAACAUAAACCACUAUAGUCUCAUUUUUAUUUUUAUUUUCUGAGUUGCAGACUGGAUUUAUUUUUGCAAAAUAUCAGUUUAAAAAUACAAGUUUGGUUCAAUCACGAUGAUUUUGGUAGAUAGAUUCUUCUUGACAGGAUUAAUCGAUUGGUGGGUCUUUUUUACCCUCUGAAAACCACUUAUUUUUUACAUUGAGGUCAUUUUGUGCCAUUAAAAUGUUAUAUAGCUUAAUAAACAAUUUAGAAACUUAGAGAUAGUUAAAAAACUGGUCAAAUUUGCUUGGUUUCACAUCUGAAAUUUUCAUUGUGGCAAGUUUUGUAGACAGUAAAUAUUAAAUUAUAUGUUAAUAUAACAAAAAUAUACACUUAUUUGUUAAUUUGUGUGUGUCGGAUGGUGAAAAAUCCAGUAACUUUAAAAAUUACCGAAAGCAAAUUUUUGGAAAAUAGAUCAUUCCGUUCGCAAUUAAGUCACCAGCCUUUUUCUUAGCAAACAUAGAAAAUGUCGUACAAAAAUUACAAGUCAAUCGAUUCGUCUCGUCAAUGAUAUUCGGCAUACCAAAUUUCACGAUGAUUGAACUAAAGAUACUCAUUUUUUUUAUUAAUUAACACUGAAAUCCCCUCAAGACCUCAUAUCCUACUUAAUUGUGCUAAAUAUAAAUUUUUCAUUGGUCAUUUUCUUCUAAUUUCAUGAAAAUCGACAGGUCUGACAUAAACAAAUUCUUUUAAUUUCGGAAGGGAUGCGGGAUUCCUUUUUAUUUGAGAAAUGAGCGAGGGUCUAAAAAAUGAUUGCGUUCCUGGCCUCUCUAAAAUUAAUUUGAAUGGUCGAAAUUCAGAAGCUGGCAAUGGGGAAAUCGAGGGUGAGUUGUGCAACAGCAGCGGCUCGUGAAGAAAGCAUAAUCAUUAAUGUCCCUGAAACGAGAUAGCUCAAACUUUGAUGCUUGGAUGAUAAUUUAAUCAAAACUGGUUACCUCCUCUUUUUCUCUACUAAAACGUGUUGGAUAAAAUUAUAUACCUCACCCCUCGAGCGAGGCGGUGUUUUAGCUGAAAUUUUAAACGUGUGAGGCACGCACCCGUAGACCAAACCGGCCAUUUAACAAAUAAUUCAAAUAUACAUAUAUGUAAUAAUCACUCCACUGCUUGUGUAACUUACCAAUUUUGUGACACUCACCGGGCGGGCUUGCAAAUGAUUCUGGUCGAAAUUUGGUCGAUUGGCCAGCAAACUGAUGGUGCUAAAAUUCGUUGACAUAGUAGAAGUAACAGAGUACGUGGCCAAUUUUAGUGCUUCUCUCGCUCUCCGCUAGCGAUUUUAGCAAAAUUUAGCUCAAUUCCGAGGGAACAAACAAACCUAGCUUGUAGCAAAGAUGAUGAUGUACCCCCUACGUUUCCGUUCGAAUUUAGCCGCAAGCUAGACAAACAUGAAUCAAAAUCGCAGAGUAAACGCAGCGUCGAAACAAUCCAGAACACACUAAACCAGACAGAAAUUUUAAAACACACGCGAAUUAAAGCCGAACUCGGCACUUGAACACUUGCUUUCCUCUAAAAGAAUCAAAUCUAAACACGCGCAGAUUUUAUAAAAAUUAACUAACGUGUCGAAUUUCGGCCGAGGGUCAUUGCAGCCUACGUCCGCUUAACGAAUAUUCAGUCUAAAAACUCUCUCGCGCAUGCUAACACCUGUUACUAGGUUACUACAUAUUAAAUAUCAAUACAAUGCAAUCGUACUGCACAUGUUUUUUAAACUAUGAGUGUCUAAAUACCGAGGCUGUAAUAAUUAAUCACUAUAAUAAUAAUUGUAAAAGCUAGUUACGUGGGUUUAACAUUAAUAAACUAGUAGCGCGUAGAACGUAAUACUUUACACUGUGAACACUUUAUCAGGAGUGAAAUAAGUAGGAAUUUUCCGUGUUUCACGAGAGCGAUGUCUUCGAACGUUAGAUUUAAAAUAUAGCAUUGACGAGAAAAAUACUUACUCCACAUUUAAAGCAACCGGAUCGCUGGAGAUUUAAAACAAAAGUAAUAAUGAUUUAGCGUGGUAGUCCAUUUGCGAGAUAUUUUAUCGUUAAUUUGUUAAUUAAUACACACGACACAUCACACACACACACACACUUUAAUGGUAUCAUGAUUGUUGUACUGUAUUGAAUGUAUACUCUUUUUUGGUGCGCGCGAGCCGCGGCAAUUUAAAACAAUGAGAUAUCAGUGAAUCUACAAUGUGUACUUAGUCGCCUAAGUAGGUCAGUGCUCAAAACUUAUUGUAAUAUGGGAAAAAAUAUUAAUUAUUAUCAUAAAAUAUUGACUUUGUAAUAAUAUGGAUCUUUGUCGCAGCUCCAACUAAUAGCUUUAAAUUAGCGAAAUGGAUUUGAGGACUGUCUCGCGUUUUGAUACAGGACACUCACAAUGACCUUAAUAAAUUUUCGUUCCUAUUUAGCAGAUUAUUUUUUGCUUUAAUGCAGAGAUUUUAGUACUGAUGAAUUGGAAAUAAUUUAAUCAAAAUACCAAAAUUAUUAAUUGGCUAAAAUUAAAAUAAGAAUAGUUUCUCUCUCUCUCUCUCUCUCUCUCUCUCUCUCUCUCUCUCUCUCCCUCCCUCUCUCUCUCUCUCUCUCUCUCUCUCUCAGAAUUAAAAGAAAAUAUACUGAAGGCUUCUUUAGGGUUUUCUUUUAAUGAAUUUCAUAAUUCCUCAACAUAGUCGAAAUUAAAAGUUUCAAACCGACAAAAUUUUCCAUGUCUAGAGUUUUGAUAGGAAAAAAUUAGUGGGAUGAUUUUAAGGAACUAACAAAGUAGCAAAUUAGCUUUUACUCCACGGAUUGUACUGUAGAAUGGGUAGAAAAAUUCCAUAAUUUUGCUAUGGAAAUUUCACCAAAUCAAUGAAAUAGGUGUAAAUGAAAAUCUAGCGAAAGUUUAGGUUUUACUUUUUAGAAGAGACGACAAUCAGAAAGUUCUUUAAAUCAAAAUCUUUUCCAGAGAUUUUUAAUUCCUGCGUAAAUUUUUUAAAAACAUUUAUUUUUUAAUUAAAUAAUUAAAAACAAGGUUGCAGUGUCGUGCCGAAACGCAAAGCAGUCCUCUUUUGCGUCGUGUGUUUGCGUAAUGCGUGCGCGCGCGCGUAUUGCUCACUUAUGUAAAUGUGUAAGGACCGCGCGCAUACCCAAUUCGCACGCGGAUUUCUCCGGCCGCACGCGCCUCAUCUUUUCGACCUGUGACAUGGCAAAAUUAUUUGCGGAAGCGCGCGGCUGGACGUGAAUUGAGUAUGGGCGUGCAUAUCGACUGACUCGUCUAUCAAAAACACCACGCAAUAUCAAAUUUAAUUCCUUGCCACACCCCACGAAAGCUAAAAAGAGGAAAUUUUUGAGUGAGUUGAUUACACGGAUUAAUUAAAUAAAUAUAAUUGUUCGAGAACGAAUCAAUCAAUCAUGGCCUCGCAGCUGGUUGCUUCCGAAAACACUUUGGCAGAGGCUCCGAGCUGACCGCAACUGUAAAACGUUUUCCAAGAGAUUAAACUGCAUAUCAGAGAUGAAUACAAAUUGUCAGAGCUUAAGCAGAUCAUACAAAAAUCACUCUCACACACUUAUUUUAACAAAGCUUAAAAUGAGAGAGAGAAACACACACACAUACACACACGCAAUACGACACGAAAAGAAAAAAAUAAUAUGCAUUUAAUCACGCGAGAGAAGCUCUUUUUUACAUAUUAUCUCGGAAAAUGGAAAACACUUCUCCACGCGCAUGUGAGAGUUAGAAUUGCUAGAUGCUUUUGUGUCUGUUUUAACGCUUUCGUGUUAAGCACUGUGAGAAUAUUUAAGCGUAAUACGAUAUUUUCGUCUCGCCACUUUGUAUACUGACUUCUCUCUCAUAUCUCUUUGCUCUUGGUAUUGAAAAUACACGCAAUUAAAUUAUUGAAACAAGGAACACACGCCGUCUUUUCUCAACGCGUUGGUUUUUUUCAUUCUCUAUCUCGAGUUCCUUUCGCUAGCCAGCUUAUUCUCCCUGUGAUAUGUUGAGACGAUAAUAAUAAUAAUUGAGAGACACACUCACACACACACACUGCACUUCUUGCUUGUCAUUUGUGCGUGUAACCUACUCUGUUUUCGCUCAUCUUCCGUUUUCGCCACACAUACACACACACACACUCCCUGAAAAUUGAAAGGAAUAAAAGCCGGCGAUAAGAGCUGUCGUGUAGCUAUUUUGUGUUUGUUGUUCUAGCCGCAGCAAACGAAACACUCUAAAAGGAAAUUUAUGAAUGUUAGCUACUAAUAGACUAUCACUCGGAACAAUAACUGAAAUAAUCAACAAUGCUGUUUACCGAUUUACACAAUCCAAUAUUGUAUAUGGGGCUUAAUACACGUGUUAAUUCCUUUGUGUGCGAAAUUUACAAAAAAUAAAAACGGUUUAAUUACA